CAAAUUAAGGCAAUAACAGGAGUCCGUCUGAUACGAAAAUGUGCUAAUACGUCUAUAAGGUGGACAGGGUUGGCUCUGACUGUCCCUCAAAAAACACAUUUUGUUGCUUACGGGCAUCUAUACUUGGUUGGGGUAUCAUCUGCGUGCACAUCAUUUGAAGGGGCGAGGCUUAGUUGAGAGCGUAAGCAAGCUGAAUCAAGAUGGCGAGCUUCAUUGAACGGAUGUGCCUGCAUAUUGUGCUCGUGCUGUCUGUUUUCCUGAGCAUCACUCAAGCUGUGGAUCGCAGUAACUUCAAAACAUGUGACCAGAGUGCCUUCUGCAGUCGUCAAAGGGCGAUGAAGCCAGGCCAGUCAUCAUACAGAGCCUUACUGGAGACCCUGGAACUCAGUGACUCCCAUCUCACACUGCAGCUCCAGAAUAACAAUAAUAAGGUGCGCUUGCUGCUAGAGCUGUAUCGCCUUCAGGGGAACAUGACCAGAGUGAAGAUCAACGAGCUGAAGCCCGUCAAGCCUCGAUAUGAGGUGCCUGAUGUUCUCAUCACUGACCCUCCCACUGAACCUAUGUCAGUGGUGGUCCAGGAUGAGCAUGGGGUGGUGCUGUCUCUGGGUGGGGAGGACCGGAGGCUCAUCCUCAGUGCCCAGCCCUUCCGCCUGGACAUCAUGGAGGGCCCACAGGUGCUGCUGUCCCUCAACUCCCGGGGCCUGCUAGCCUUCGAGCAGCUCCGCAUACGCAAGGACACUAUUUCCCACAAAAUAAGUAGCACAGUCGGUAGCAUAUGGGAUAAGAUCAAGAGCGUUUUCUCUAGCAAAAGCCAAACAGAUACAGAGGAAGCUGGGGAGAAAGAGGACACAGAGAAGCAUGACGAGGAAAAGGCGUCAGAAGGAGAGGAGGAGGAGGUGGAAGAAGAGGUGGAUCAGCCAGGAAUGUGGGAGGAGACGUUCAAGUCCCAUGCCGACACCAAGCCUAAUGGUCCCUCCUCCAUCAGUCUGGACUUCUCCCUGCCUGGAGUAGAACAUGUCUAUGGCAUCCCUGAACACGCAGACAGCCUCAGACUGAAAAACACAGAUGGAGGAGACCCCUACAGGCUUUAUAACCUGGAUGUGUUCCAGUAUGAGCUCUUUAACCCCAUGGCUCUGUACGGAGCAGUGCCUGUCCUCCUCUCACACAACACCCACAGGACUAUGGGUCUCUUCUGGCUCAACGCAGCAGAGACAUGGGUGGACAUCAGCUCUGGACAGGUGGGUGUGUGUGAAUGGAUCUCACACACUGUCUUUCCUUUCAUUCUUUCCUUGGAUUCACUUGGUUUGAUAUCUAAAUCCUGUUUGUACAUGUUGGAUUGCGUUCAGGGCUCCGGUGAGGUCCUUCAGACAGACGUCCGAUGGAUCUCUGAGAGUGGCAUCAUUGACGUCUUCAUCAUGCUGGGACCACAACCUAAUGAUGUGUUCACACAGUACGCUUCAUUAACAGGCACUCAGUCCUUCCCCCCUCUCUCUUCGCUGGCCUACCACCAGUGCCGCUGGAACUACAACGACCAGGAGGAUGUGAGUGCGGUGGACCAAGGCUUUGAUGAACACGACAUCCCCUAUGACUUCAUCUGGCUGGAUAUUGAGCACACGGAUGGCAAGCGCUACUUCACCUGGGACAACAACAAGUUCCCACAGCCCAAAGACAUGCUGCAGGGCCUCCUGGAUAAGAGACGCAAGAUGGUGACCAUAGUGGACCCUCACAUUAAGGUGGACAGCAGCUAUAAGAUCCACACUGAGAUUCGCUCUAGAGGCUACUACAUAAAAAACGAAGAUGGCGGAGACUAUGAGGGCUGGUGCUGGCCAGGGAACGCAGGUUACCCAGAUUUUACCAACCCUGAGAUGAGGAGGUGGUGGGCCAGCAUGUUUGCUUAUGACCAGUAUGAGGGCUCAAUGGAGAACCUGUACACGUGGAACGACAUGAACGAGCCAUCUGUGUUCAAUGGGCCAGAGGUCACCAUGCACAAGGACGCCCUCCAUGGGACCUGGGAGCACAGAGACGUCCACAACCUCUAUGGCUUCUACGUGCAAAUGGCGACAGCAGAGGGUCAGAUCCAGCGCUCCGGGGGGUUGGAGAGGCCUUUUGUCCUGACCAGGGCCUUCUUCGCUGGGUCUCAGCGCUAUGGUGCAGUGUGGACGGGUGAUAAUGCAGCAGAGUGGGGCCACCUGAAGAUGUCCAUCCCCAUGUGUCUCAGCCUGGGCCUGGUUGGCAUCUCCUUCUGUGGAGCUGACGUGGGGGGUUUCUUUAAGACUCCCAGUGCGGAGCUGCUGGUGCGUUGGUACCAGGCGGGGGCCUACCAGCCUUUCUUCCGUGCCCACGCCCACCUGGACACCCCGCGGAGGGAGCCCUGGCUUUUUGGCCCUGACAACACGGAUCUGAUCCGGGAGGCUGUGCGUCAGCGCUACACCCUCCUGCCCUACUGGUACCUGCAGUUCUACCAUGCCCAACGCACUGGCCAGCCUGUCAUGAGGCCCCUGUGGGUGGAGUAUCCAGAGGAUAUUGCCACGUUCUCCAUUGACGAUGAGUUCCUGAUUGGCAGAGAUCUUUUGGUCCACCCUGUAACAGAUGAAGGGUCUAGUGGGGUCACAGCCUACUUACCUGGGAAUGGAGAGGUCUGGUAUGACGUCCACACGUUCCAGAGACAUGACGGAGCUCAGAACCUCUAUAUCCCUGUCACCAUGAGCUCAAUUCCAGUGUUCCAGCGAGGAGGGUCCAUUAUCUGCCGGAAGAACCGUGUUCGCAGGUCCUCAUCCUGCAUGGAGAACGAUCCCUACACCCUCUACGUGGCCCUUGACUCACAGGGCAAUGCAGAAGGAGAGCUUUACAUAGAUGAUGGUCACACCUUUAAACAUGAAACAGACAAGCAGUUCAUUCACAGACACCUGAGUUUCACUGCAAACAGCCUCUCAUCCAGUGACCUGUCUCCUGACUCCCAGUUUCCCACGGCCUCUUGGGUUGAGAAAGUGAUCAUCCUGGGAGUUCAGAAGCCUGAUGCUGUCACCCUCACAACGACAGAUGGUGGGGAGUCUUCUGUGGAGUUUGAGUUUGACCCGGACACGGCAGUCUUAACUCUACGUAAGCCAGGCGUGAACGCAGGGGUCAACUGGACAUUACAUCUGCGGUAGCACAGGACACACGUAUAGAAGUCAAGAGACACACGAAAUGUCACGCACAGACUUUUGGACAAACAAGUAAACAUACAACUACAAAAGGGCACACAUGCACCCAGAUUCAAAAGUGUGGCUAGGAUUUGGAGCAGUUACCUGAACCUUGAGAAAGAAAACGCAGGAGAAAUUGAUCAGGGUUGUUGAAAGAGUAUGAAACUCAGGACCACAAAUGGUGUUAGUCAGGAGAAAUUCUGCACCACUAACAAAAGGAGGCUUUGAUACUUAUCUUAAUUUUAUAAAUAUUUUUGGGGGGGGUUGAAAUGAUGACAAUGACUCCCUAUAAGACCCUAUAUGACCCUAUAUGACUAGCUGUUUAAAAUAAAGGUUAAAUAAAAAAUUAUGACAAUGUAA